UUUUUUUUUUUGAUAACUCUGGUAUCUGGGCAGCCACAUUCCCAACUAUCCCCCCGAAAGGGGUCCAGCGCCCCAACGGAAGGGAUGUUAAAUCCGUUGUGACCAAGACUCGAACCCGGGUGACGGGCAGUACAGCUAUACCUCCUUUACCACCAAGCUACGAGCGCUUGGUUACAAUCUUUUAAAUAUUAAACCACGUGAGCAACCGGCACAAAACAGUUAAAGUUACAUAGUAUAAUUAAUCUCAUAAAUAAAUGUUGAUAUGGGAUUGCAUUUUAAUUCAUUUGAUUACGAAUUGAGAAAAAUAAACGAGUAUAUAAGGAAUUCAUUGUGUGAGGGAAACACAGCAAGCCCCAUGCAUUUCCAUUCAAUGCGUAACAUAUAUUUUCCUGGUUUCCUCUGAUAUACUGCCCUUUGUAUCACUUUUUGUUUACAUCAGAUAGGUUUUUCGUUUUAAGUAAUGAUACUCUUGGUUACAAGAAAUGAAUAAAUGUUACUUUAGCAUCAAAUAUUUAUAAACAUAAAAGAUACUCCACGUGAUAAAUAGCUCUAAAUAUGUAUUGAUGAGUAAAAGUAAGAUCUGUUUUAUAAAAAAAUUGAUUGCAAAGAUAGAAUAAUUUAAUUAUCUUACUGUUAAAAUAUUCAUCAAUUACAUUCAAACAUAUAUAUAUAUUCCACGAAUGUAUUUUGUUAGUAUAUGUUUCUAUUUUUAAAGCAUGUAUAUGUGUUAUACCAUGUGUUGAUAUACAUUUUAAAUAUGAGCUAAAAAAAUGAAAACGCUUGGUGGUAAAAAAUAAAAACAAAAUGAAGGGUUAAUACGAAAACAAGGAAUCUUGAAGGAGGACACAGACACACGUGGCAAAGGAUAAGUGGAAGAUAGGAAGAAAACCAUGAAAACCGCUGUUCUUGUAAGAGAAGCCGCUAAAACCAUUUUCAGGCUUUGACUGUUCACAACAAAGCGCCCCAAAAGGAGCGUCGCUUUUACUCUCUCUCCAUCUAUAUAUAAACAACACCUCCUUCCUCUUCCAUCUUCAAUUAUCACACCACUCUCUCUCUCUCUCCCUCUCCUCCUUUAUAUUUUAGUUAUGGCCAAGAUUGGUUUGAAACCCGACCCGGUUAACAAUAAUGCCAAGGAGAUUCGUUACAGAGGCGUUAGGAAGAGGCCAUGGGGCCGUUAUGCCGCGGAGAUCCGAGAUCCGGGUAAGAAAACCCGGGUCUGGCUCGGUACUUUUGAUACCGCCGAAGAAGCGGCGCGUGCUUACGAUGCGGCGGCGCGUGAUUUCCGUGGGGCCAAGGCUAAGACCAAUUUCCCCAAUUUUCUCGAGCUGAGUGAGAAGGUGCCGGCUGCCGGCGGCGGGUUCGAGCGUAGCCCUAGCCAGAGCAGCACCCUCGAUUGCGCUUCUCCUCCGGCGGCGGUUACGCCGGCGAGUGCUGGGAUUGCUCCGCCGCAGCUCGAGCUUCGCCUCGGCAACUAUCAGAUCCCGUUGGCGCGUCCUGUUUACUUCUUGGACGUUAUGGGAGUAGGCAACGGAGGUCGUGCUCCGCCUCCGGUGGCGUCGGCUUUUAGGUUGCCGGUGAUGCAUGUGGCUACAAAGGUUGCUUGUGUGGCUCAGAGCGACUCUGAUUCGUCGUCGGUUGUUGAUUUCGAAGGUGUGAUGGAGAAGAGAUCUCAGCUGUUUGAUCUAGAUCUAAACUUGUCUCCUCCGUCGGAACAGGCCUGAACUUAUCGAAGGUGGUCGUGGUCGUGCUCAUUUCCGACGCGCAUGCGUUUUUUUUGUUUGUUUGGGAGCUGAGAGAAUUCGUAUUCUCGUAGUUUUUUAUUCUCUCUCACUCUAGAAUAAUUAUUAUUAUCGGUUUUAAGAAAAAAACUUCAAUCGGGAGAGAGAAUAUAAUUUUAGCUGACAUGGAUCGUUAUGUACAUAUUAUUACAUAACUGGAGAUCUGAACUUUUGUUGUGUGCUUUUUUGCGACUUGGUUUCACCUUGUUGUUCCUCUAUCUGUAGCCUUUAAUUUUGUUAUUGCAAAUUUUAUAUCAAUAAUUUGGUGAUCUUCAUAAUUA